AGUAAGUGUCGGAAACCCAGACAAAAUGGCUGACCGGAAGUAGGCUGGGUGAUCGCUAUCACACAAAAUAUUGAACCAAAACUUGAUCAGUUUGAUCAAAAGAUGGCUAAAAUGAAUUUAAGACUUUUGACUUAGUUAAGGAAUGGAAGCAGGCAGACAGGAAAAUCAGGAUGAUGUGACACGAUUCUGGCGCGAGGAGAGGGAAGAUGGAGCAGUGUACAGUGCCUACCUGAAGAAAGUCACAUACCGCUCUCAAGCUCAGCUUGAAGAUGAGCAUGAGCGAGAGUUUUCCCACUUGAUGUGGGAGACCCAGAAGAUCCGGGUGAUCAAGGCAGGUACUCUCGAGAAGCUGGUGGAGAGUUUGUCAACCGUCAGAGGGGAGCUGGACUCCACCUACGUCAACAUCUUCCUCGCCACCUACCGCACCUUCGCAACACCACAACAGGUGCUCAAGCUGCUUAUAGACAGGUACCAGAUGUUGAAGUUGUGUUGUGAGGAUGACAGGACAGAACUGAAUGAACUACAGCUCAAAACUAUUAAAUCUGUGAUAUCCGUGUGGCUGGACACCUAUCCGGAAGAUUUCCGGGAGCCUCCAAACUAUCCCUGUCUCCAUACGUUAGAGAAGUUUUCUCUCCACUUCCUGCCUGACAGUGACCUCGCAGGUCGGGCACGACAUCGGAUCGAGCGCCUCACAAAGGAUCAUUCAGGUGCUGAUGCUAAUGAAAUAGAAUUCCGAUUUUCCAUCUGUGAAGAGGUUGAUCAUAUGAUAGACAAUGAGUAUCACAAGCCAUUAACAUUCAACGACAUCUCUAGUCAUACCUUUGCUCAACAGCUGACACAUCGAGACGCAGAGCUGUUUCGGAAGGUGGUUCCGCACCACUGUCUGGGUGCGGUGUGGGCGCGACGGGGGAAGAAGGGGGGAAAGGAAGCAGCCAGUGUUCUCGCUACUAUAGAACAGUUCAACCGUGUAUCUCUUCGUGUGAUAGCUACUAUUCUCAAAACUCGGGAUCAUAAGACAUCGCAAAGAGCCAAAAUUGUACAGAAAUGGAUACACAUUGCUCAAGAACUCAGAGAGCUAAAGAACUUUUCGUCUCUGAAGGCGAUAAUCUCGGGCCUACAGUCUCACCCAGUCUACCGGCUACGCAGGACAUGGUCGUCUCUACCAAAGGAUACUAUGGUGCUAUUUGAGGAAUUGUCAGAAAUAUUCUCAGGUGAAAAUAACCAGCUCAAUUCUCGGGAACUGCUAAUGAAGGAAGCGACAGCAAAGUUUCCCGAUCUGGACAGCCAAAAUAAGACAUUAAAGCGACGUAACAUGCAGAAGCGCCAGUCAUGGAUAGAUAAUGGUAUUGUCCAGGGAACGGUGCCGUACCUGGGAACGUUUCUGACAGAUCUGACCAUGAUCGACACAGCCAACCCUGACAUGACAGAGGAAGGCCUCAUCAACUUCGAGAAACAUCGGAAGGAGUUCGAAGUGCUCGCUCAGCUCAAACUGCUCCAGUCAGCUGCUCAGAUUUAUAACUUCAAAGAAGAUACUCAUUUCUGGAUUUGGUUCGAUUCAGUUAGAGUGUACAACGAUAAUGAAAGCCAUGAACUGUCUUGUGCAAUAGAGCCUCCCAUGGAAGGGUCAGCCAAGAUCAAGAAGAAAUCAGCCAGAGCAAAGGCUAAAUCUGAGCCUAUCCUGACUUGUGCAAUUAAAUUUUGCUCUUCUCCCAGUCUAGGUCACAAGCCUGCCAAAUUUGACAGCAGCAAAUUUGGUUUGUUUGCAUGUGGGCUAGAGGACAGAAGUAGUCUCUCCAGUAUUCCCGACACCAUCACAGCCUCCCUAGCUGGGCCACUGGUAGGUCAUCUUCUCUCCGAGAUCUCCCUAGCACGGCCAAUGAUGUCUCAUUCCUCGUCAACAUCGUCUGUGAUCUCCUCCGACAGUGACACCUCCCCCUCCCCCUACAGGUCCUGUGACACCUAUGUGAUCCGCGUCAGUCUGGAGCCCAGUGACCAGGCCAGCACCCACAUCUACAAGAGCAUAAUGCUGUGUAACACUGACCAUACCAACACAGUGAUACAGAAGGUCCUGGAGAAGUACUCCCUGGAAGGCCAGCCUGAAGACUACUGUCUACUGCAGAUAUUGCCGGACGGAGGAGAACUUUUGAUACCGGAGAGAUCUAAUGUCUUCUAUGCCUUGAAUAGCAGUAUUGAUCUGAAGUUUGUGGUGCGAACCCGUGCAGAACAUGAAACUCUCACCCUCAGGCGGAAAGGGAAGCGUCGAGGAAAGAAACUAAGCUUGUAGUAUUUGGCAAUGUGCAAUAUGUGAACACAAGAGUGUUAGUGAUGAGAUGACACGUUGUGAGAAUGUCCUUCAACAUCUUCACUGCUUCCAUCAUUGGCACAACAAACAUCACCCCUUCAUGGAUACUUGUUUCCACAUUUCUUGGAACCAGAAGCAAGACCAUAACACGUAUAGCCUUUUGAGUGUUGAACCAUUUCCUCGUGAAUAUUAACAUACACUGAUCUCAUGAAAAGCAGUCAAAAUUAGUUUCUGAUCAGAGAAACUGACUCCAAAAAGCAUAUAGAUAUACAAUUCUACAAAAAUGGCAUAAAAAGAUCGUCAUAAGAACAAGACAUAAGCAGAUGAUUUUCACCUUCUAUACAGUGCCUGAAUUCUGCUUUUUUUCAGUGCAUAGUAUUAGUUUGAUCGCUUUUGUGGAAUAAUAGAGAGGACAAUUGAUCUAAUAGUGGUGUAACGAUAUGGCAAUACAGUAUUGUAUUAUGUUACAAGGUUCAUGGUACAAUACAUCGAUUUACAACCCAUGUAUACAUGAUACAUAACAUUACAAGUCAUAUUAAUGUAAAAACGUAAAUAAUAAACAGAAUCAGUUCAACAAACAGCUUAGGCAGAUUCUGUAGUGUUUGCAGGAUGGCUAUAAAUAGCAUAACCGUCACAGUACCCUCUAUAUGUUUCUGCCCUACAAUAUUGGAUCUUUGAUCUCGGAAAUUUUAACACAAAUGACUCAGGGGCGUGAUUGGAUACGAAUCGUAUCGCACUCAUAGCAUUGAGAUUCGUAACGUAUCGUGAUCCCACCGUAUCGUUACACACCUAUGAUCUAACGGUGAAACCCAAUCAUUGAUGUCAUAUUACAGUUAAUACUCAAAAAUGGAUGAUGUUACCUUGAAGCUGUAAGCAGUGGAGGAGUUCAUCAAUUGAAUGAAAUCAUGAUGUAUCUUCCAUUAUUUGUUACCAUGGUUACGUGUGACUGUCAUGUUUUUUACAUGCUUUGUAUGUGAAGUUGACAUGUGUCGUGUGAUAUGUUUUGUUGAUUAUUGUUUAAAGUGAUGAAAGUUCCAGAAUGUUUCUAGUCAGUGUGUUUGUUUGAAGAUAUUUGUUUGUUUGUUUGUUUGUCUGUCUGUUUUGUUGUGUGUGUUGUUGUGUUAUCGUUGAUUUGAAGUUUCAGGUGUUAGAAUCAACAGUGCUUUUAUCAUAUUCCUGUUUUCCUAUGUUUACAAUGUGCCAUGACAGAUAGAGAUCUGGUCUUAGAUUAUUUUAGAUUUUAAGAUACCAUUUUGCUGGAAUUGUACCUGGUGAUAAGAGGUAGGAAUACUACCUUUAUACAGGUAAGGAUGAAACCUUGUUUUAUAAAUCAUAAACAUAUGUUAUCACAAUACUUUUAAUGAUUACUUUAUUCGAAAUGAUUAUUGCAUGUAAGGUAAGGUGUAAAUUGAUUGUGCUUUUAAGACUAAUAUGUUACCCUGAUGUUUGUUGGUGUUGAAUUAUUCAUCCAAGAUUUGGUGCCCUUCAAUAUUUUGUGCUCUGACAUGAGGAUAAUACCGUAAGAACAGCUAUCAAUACCAAAUGAUUCACAUAUUUUUUAGAAGAUGUAGGUUGGUUUUGAAAGGAGUUUUUAGAUACUGCUAGUUUGGCAGUUUAGGCAGUGAUUGUUUUAAACACAUCAAAUUCAGAAAUAUGAAAUUCAAGGAAUGAUUGUGUCCAUGUUUAGGCCACACUUUUUUAAUUUUAUGUUUCACAGAUUUCUUCCAGCUUUUCCACACAAGGUCUGUUGAAAUAUAAAUAAAAUUAAAUAGCUAUGCCAAUCAUAUCAUUUAUUUAUUUAUAUGAAAGCAAUUCUGCCAUGGAGUUAAAACUGCAGCUGACUUUUUGAAUCACUGACAGUGAUGUAGACAUGGAAUUUAUAUAUAACAUUUUUUAUUGUAAUGGAGGGUCUAUUUAACUAGCAGGAGACAAUAAUAAAUAUUAUUAUGUUUAAUUUUGUUCUUGGACUGGCUGCUUUUCAAUAGGGGCGGUAGGCCUGUGUAACAAAAAAUAAAAAUUGUGUGGCCUUAUUUGAACCAUGUUAAUUUAUAGAAAGAUGUGUACAAAGAACACCAGUAAAAAAUUGCAUUAACAUUGAUAACAUGAUUCAAUAGUAAUCUGUACAGAGUUCUGUCCCUUAGUUGUGCCAGGAUUGUGGCCAUGUGUUCGAAUUCCAGAUUCGGCCAGUCAGGAUAUUAGGUUUGGCUGCACAGAAACAGCGAUGAUAAGUUUCAAUAUAGUUUUAAACAUCUAUGCAGCAUCACUCUCACUCAUUGAUUUGACAUAUCAGUCAAUGAAGAUUUUCCUGUAUCAAUUUGACAAAAGCAGUAUCGAUUAUGUCCUGAGCAUAAGUGCAGUGAAUGAUGCACCUUUCAACCCCAGUACUCAUGACUAAGUGAGUCAAUAAGGUCUAUUACUUGAGUAAAAUAGGUUAACAAUACCGUAACUACGUCUGUCCUAAAGUGUCAGUCAGUAAAUGGAUGUAAGUUUAUAAUUGGUGUAUGCUGUUGAACAUUCGUAAUAGUUGUCUAGUGUUGUAACAGCAUAAUAAAUAUGGGAUUGUAGUUCGAAAAGAAUUUUUAAACUGAAAAUAAUUACGCAGCAUUCUAUUGAAGCAACCUUGGUUGAUAGUACAGUGUGAAGACAUUACCAUUUCCUUGUGAAAAAAAUCAACUUCCAUUCCUGAAAUUUUCCAUGAAAAUCCAAGUUCUUCCUCGUAUGUGGCGAACCUUUAGAGCUUUUUACUUUUUGCUUUUCCUUCCUUCCACAUUAAGCUGACAUGUCAUGCUAUAUCUGAAAUAAUGUAAAACACAAGUCAUUUAUGUUUAAUAAUUGUUCCAAGUUCAUUAUGUUAGGGAAAAAGAUGGCCCAGUUGCCUAAGAUGUUACAAUUCACUGUGCAGAGUUGCAUCCCUUUGGUGUGCCAGAAUCCUAGGAUUGUUUUAUCCUGAUUAUGAUUCUGACUACAUACCGAUGGGUGUUUUCAAAGUGGUAAACGUCUAAGACCCUUCAUCACUUUGUGCAUUCCUCCCACAUCAAGCGUACACGCUGUGAUGUCACUGAAAUACUGUUCAAAGUGGCCUUCACCCCAACUUGCACACCAGAUGUUAGGAAGGUGAAGGUCAUUUGUCAGUUCUGACUGUGAGUCUCGUACUCGCCCCAUAGAUUGCACCAGAUGACCUCUGCUAAAUGUUCUGAAGUUCUGAGUUCUCAUUUAUCCAACUAUGAUUAAUAAGGAACUUUUGUUUAUCCUUAAAAACUAAUGUAUUGAGCAAGUGUUAAGAAGAAAAUGAAUAGGACUGUACGCAUGUAUGAGAAAGAGUAGUAGACUUAACACAAGUCACACUUUGGACACUCAGGGUAGCUGUACAUAAGCAAGGGCGGUAAGCAACUGUUACUUCAGUGAAACCUUAGCUAGAAAGAGUGAAUGUUAUGCAUUAUUGCUAUCGGUGCUAAACAAGUCUCCAUUUUCUGUCUGCCAACAACCUUUAUACAGCAAGCCAAGGAAUACUUGUCUACCAAAAUAUACUGGAAAUAGUUAGAUAUUGAACAGCGUUGAAUUAAGGGAGGUCCUUGUGGCCUACAGUUGUGUUUGAAUGUAGAGACCCCAAAAUCGUUUAACUCUAGGGUCAUGUCAAGGAUCCCUUGACUUCCAUGUUUUAUUUCAGAAAAGGGGAUACAUGAAUUCCAUCUCCAAAACCAUUUUAAGAUUAGUCCCCUGGCAUUGAGUGUGGUGGGUAAAGUUUGAAGGGUAUGAGAAGGUUCCUUUCUCACCUUUCAUCAUUAAAAUGAUCGUUUUUCUUAAAGAACGAAGCUUUAAGACAGGUAUAUUGAUUAAGUACCAGUGCUAUUCUAGUCUAGAAGGAAACCAGUACCAUACAGUAAACCUCCGUUAAUCUGGAAAUCUGGCAUUCUGGACAGGUAUUGUUAUGUUCCAUGCACACCAACAUGUAAGUGUGGAAGUUAGUAAAUUGUGAUGAUUGCACUUCAACAAUACGUCCAGAUUAACAAGGUCUUGCUGUGUUUGAGUUUCUGCUGUAGAUUCACAUCCUUAAAAGAAAUCUGAUUCAGUCAAUCUCUUCUACAUCGACCUUUAUAUAGCGAUGUCAACGACUAGUGUUGAUCACAGAUAGUUUUUAAAAAUACUCAUGGCAAAAAAUAAGGGAACUAGCAUUGAUCUGCAUUGAAUGGAGAAUUUUUUAAACCUAUUUUUAGCACAAAGGGACAAUUUUGCCCUUAAUAUUGAUCUUUCAAUUUUUAAAACUGAAAUAUGUUUAGAAUAUUUAGGAAGAAUGAAAAUUUAAAGCAAAAGUCUCAGUAUCAUGUGUGAUAUGUUUGUUCCCUUAUUUAGUGCCUUGAGUAUAAUCUUGCAGGUCACAAUCUCAUAAUGAAUCAGCAUUCACCAUAACCCUUGAGAUGAAACAGCAUUGUAGAGACUACAUAUAUAUAGUAGUUAUAGUAUAGUUUUGCCAUUUCUGCAUAUUUCUCGAGUCACAAUGCAAUGUUUAGUAGUUAGCUAACCUUAUCAGGAAGUUGAGGUGGGAAAAUGUCUGCAAGUCAUUCUUUCAUAAUGAAACUGCAAAGUUCAGGGAAUAUAGAUGAAAUAUUAUCAGAUUGUACAUAUACAUCUCAUCUACAAGGAGUUUAAGGAGUUUUGUUUUCCGGUCCCAAUUUAUUAAUUGAUGAAAGAGUGAUUUUAGUGCACCGACUGCUGUUAGGCAGUGUUGUAUGGGAGCUACACUCAAUCACCUUUGUCAGAUUGAUUGUGGAAUUGUGCCCUCGUUUGUGUUGAAACAAUAAACAGUUUUUCUCAAGAUCAGAUAGUUUGUAACCCUAGUUUUAAGAGUCUUGUCUAUAUGACAUUCGUUAAUAUUUUACAAAUAGUAUGAAAUAUCACUAUCAGUCAACACUGAAAUUAAUUCAACUUUAUAUUUCUUUGAUGUCUUGACUUUUUGCUCACAAGAAUAAAGGACAAUAAGAAAGAAACAGUAGAUGUAAAUGUACCAGCAUAUAGGGAAAACAAGUGGCUCAGCAUCAGUAAUCAUGAAAACUUGGCCUAUAUUUGCUUUGCGUUUAUCAUUAUGGGUGUACUGGUAGUCUAGUGGUUAAAGCAUUUGCUCAUCACCCCAAAGACCUGGGUUCGGUUCCCCUCAUGAAUAUGGUCAUCGCCAAACUCUGCUGUUCCCUACCAGGAUAUUGCUGAAUGUAUCAAAAAGUGGCUUAAGAGUCUAUUCUGUGGUAGUACAUUAUUAGAUUAAAACUUGAAAUAUUUGAGUCACAGUAGGUUUGACCAUUUUCCUGCCUCUUCUUACUUUUAGGGAGUAAUGAUAUACCAUGCCUACCUCAUGCUCCAAAACUGAGGAUUAUCAAAAAGAAUUGAAUAUUUUAUUCAUAUCACACAGUGUUUUUGUAAUAUGUAUGACCUUUAUACUAAAUAUGACAACCAACACAAAUAGCUUUAGCUAUCGCCUGUCACUGCUGAAUAGAUUACAUGUUACACAGAAACUGCAGGAGAUUUUAUGCACAAUGAUGGUGCAGUUGUUAGCACAGUUAUCAGAACCUUGCAUCUUCAGUUCCUCAAACUUGUUACUGAAGUAUAUUUUCAAAAUGAAAUAGAAAUUUCUGUCAAUGGCGUUGAAAGUUUGUCUCUGAGUGUUAUUUAUGAAUUGUCUUCCGUAUUGGUAUCUUUGUGAAAUAUUGUAAGAUAUUGUUGUUUGUACUCUAUUUGUGUCAACUGAAAUGCACGUUGUUCUAUUACUGUCAGUACUGAAAUUAACACAAACAUCUUUGCAAUGUACAAGUGUUGAUAAUUGUGAUCAUAACCAGGGCUAUUUUCAUACACUUCUCUAUUUUCUUUCAGGAAUGUGGAUUAGAUUCUUGAAUUAAUUUCUUUGAAAUUAUGUCCACCUGUUUAAUCAGUAUUACUAGCUUGAUAUUUCAGAAGUCCACAACAUUGAAAUGAAAACUGCAUGUACAUAUUGUCUUAUUGUGCUAAUUUCUUUUUAAAUAUGUAAUUUGUAGCCCGGAAUCUGAAUAGUUCACCUACUAUUCGAACCUAUUCUCAUGAUAAAUUGAAUUGGGUUCAGUCAUUAAUUUAUAUUUUAUGUCAAAAAGUAUAUUUUGAUAUUCAAAGUCCUAAUGCACAAGGGAAAUAGAAUCCCAUUACUGAAGACAUGUCUCAAUGCUAGGUAAUCUGUAUACUAUUUUAUAGUCUCAUUAUGCUUGUUCCUCCCAUACUGUUGAUUACUGAGUUGCCAUGUCAUCAGCUGAUCAGUUUGUAUCCCCUUCUGGGAUAUCAUGAUGUCAGCAGAAGUAAGCCUAUUUGAUACAACCUUCACUUACAACCCAAAGGGGGGCGGUCGGGUAGCCUAGUGGUUAAAGCGUUCGCUCGUUAUGCCGAAGACCCAGGUUCGAUUCCCGACAUGGGUACAAUGUGUGAAGCCCAUUUCUGGUGUCCCCCGCUGUGAUAUUGCUGGAAUAUUGCUAAAAGCGGCGUAAAACCAUACUCACUCACUACAACCCAAAGGACUGAGUUUGAUUGCUGUAUGGGGUACAGUGUGUUCUCCCUCUUGCUGUCUGUUGUUAGACUGGUGAUAAGUGCUUAAAGCAGAGUAAAUAUAAAACAUCAACACCAAUGAUAACCAGUCUCGAUUAUCCUCCAAAACAGAUUCAAUUGGGCGUAAAAUGCCAAAUAGUGGCAACAAUUAGCAAGUGGAUCUAUAAACCUCUGCGAUGACACCAGGUGUUCGCAAAAGGUUUAUAAGACCAUAAUUGCUAAAAAUCAUGUAAAAUUAGAUUACGAUUAAGGGCAGACCACUGAUAUUUGGAAAAAUGGAGUGAUGAAAAUUAAAUGUAUUGUAUCUAUUAUCAAGUUGACAAUGUGUGCUCAAACUAUGAUAAUAUUGUCUGUGAUUCCCACUGUGCUAUUUCUGUGCUGAUGUAUAUGUGUUGACAGUCACACUUGACUCUUGAUGUUGAAACCUUGUGGAAUCCCUUGUCUGUGUUACAACAUCCUUAUUGACUAGGGCCUUUUGUUCUCCCACACCGUGCCUUGGAUCGACUGCAUCAAGUCUUCUGUGAGUUGUGUCCCUUGGCUAUGUCAGGAUUUGCUGCUAGUGGGUUCAAAUUCCAGAUUAUGAGUCUUAUAUCAAACUAAGUCGAUCAGUGAUUCUAGUGGCAUAGAAAAGAGAUGAACCAACCGGAGUUGUUGGGUAGCUUAGUUGGUACCGGUAGUGCCUCCUGUUCACUGACAUCUAUUCUGAGUUUGAUUCUGUCAAGGAUGAUAACAUGCUCAUGAAUAUGGUGCUCAAUUGGUUGAGGCGUAAGUCACAAGCCCUUCAGGGAUGCAACCUAUCCUGAAACAUUGCCAAGGCCGAAUAGUAACAACUAACAACAUAUGAAGACGACCCUUAAAAAGCUGGAAAUAAGCCAUCUGGAUAUGGUUUACAUUACAGAAUCUAGCUCGGUGUAGCUGGUCAUGGGUAGUGCCAAUUUGCAUCCUUGGACUCACUCGUCAACUGCCUGUUUCCCCAACUCCUUCAGAUUUGAUGUAGAAGGUCCUUCACCAAUAGUUGUGUGGCUGUAGAUCGUUAUGAAUUUGAGUUUUCAGCAUUCUAUUAUGUUGUCCAGUUCAUAUAUGUUUCAUAAAUGUUUGUAUUUUCUGGAAAAUACUUGGGUUGAAAUAAGCACCAUUAGCCGAAUUCUUAUAAGGACAAAAGAAUGAUCAAGGUGAGUAAUGAAACUGUUCACUGUGCAGAGUUGCAUCCCUUGGACCCGCCAGAAUCCUAUGUUCAGAGGUUCAAAUUCUGGCUCGCCCCAUUUUGUUUCUACAUUUGUCAGCACAAUACCCCUGCUUAUGGGUUUGAGACCUGCAUCACUUUGGACUUUCCGCCCACUUUAAGCUGGCACAGCGUGAUAUAACUGGAAUACUGUUAAAAGUGGUGUUAAACCCAAAUCAUUGAAUCCCUCUUGUCCAGUAAUAUAUCCUCCAACUCUUAUCUAGAAUUUAUCAAAAGCAGACAAGGGCUUCCUCAUGGGUGUAUUCAUGCUUUUAGUUACUUUGCUCAACGUUGUACAAAUCUUACCGGUACACAAGCUUGUUUUACUUUGUUUUCUUUUUUCUUGAACAGGCACAAAUAUUUUUCGUUGCCAUCAUCAUUUACAUGUCCCAAUCCAGAACGAUCCCUUAUCCACCCCCCCCCCCAUCGUUUAUCAAACCUACUCCCAUCCUUUAUCCACCCCCACCCCCAAUCCUUUAUCCACACCCCCAUCCUUUAUCCAAACCCACACCCCAAGCUAGAUCCACACCCACAUCCUCUAUCCAAACCAAAACACAUCCAGCUAGAUCCACACCCCCAUCCUUUAUCCAAACCCACGCCCCCAUUCUCUAUCCAAACCCACGCCCCCAUCCUUUAUCCAAACCCACGCCCCCAUCCUUUAUUCAAACCCACACCUCCAUCCUUUGCUUCAAUCCAGACCUCAUCAUUUCUAUGUCAAACAUCAUUAACCCGUGAAAAAGAUGUCGGACAUAUUUGCAUCUUUUGUUUUUACUCCAGUUAACACCAGGCACUCUGUUGGUUUAGCACUUGGUUUGUGAAUUUCUAUUUUCAUAUUAUCACUGUGUCCUGUUCACUACGUCUUCAUGAUUCCUGUACACUUGAAAUGUACAUGCAUUCAGCGAGGUGUGUUACCCUCACAUGAUACUACCAUGGCGCCAGUCUGGUCGGAGAGUAGGAUUGUGAUUUUUAAAAAAACAAAAUCAAUGACAACAAAAAUAAUUGUGUGCUUUUGUAGAUUAAUUAAUCACAAAUUUGAUUGUAUUUUUCACUCUAUUUUUGAUAUUUUAGGUUCUGAGAGUAUACUGAAUAUCCUUACUGUCUUUACACACAUAUUAAUACUAUAUUUUGUAAAACAACUCAAAACUUCAAAAUAUCAAAUGAAAAAAUGAAAAGUGAAUUAAAUACUAUAUGAAUAUUCUUAUAUGUUACGUAUAUGUAUAAACUGAAUUUGAUAUCAGCUAUUUAAUUGCAUGGUUAGUUUCCAUAUGGUUGAAUGAUUGCAUGUUAGGUUCCAUGUAAGAUAUAUUUUUUUAUUUCACCACUUUUCUCUGUUCAUUAUUUAUACAUAGAUCUCAUAGUACUUUUAUUUAAUUUGUGCAAUGCUCUGAACUUGUGUUUUUUUUAAUGCAAUGGAGACUUUAUUUCCCAGAUCAUAAUAAUAAGAUGUAAUUAUCAAACUAUUUAAUCCAAACUUUGCUCAGUAUAUUAAAAUGGAUAGUAUAUUUGACUUAUUGAACAACAUAUCUAUUUAUUCCUUGAAAGAUUAAAUUUUGGAGAAUAUGAAAUAAUAUGCAUAUAUUCAUAAUGGUAUGUUUGUUAUCUUGUUACUUUUACCAUAAAAUUAACUCUUUAUUUACUCUGGAACGAUGUAUUGACAUAACAUUGAGAAUAUAAAUAUGGAUUAACAAACGAUAAACCUAUGAUUACAUGAUAACAUGUCUGCUUGAUUUUUCUCCCUCUCUAUAUUAAUAUGUUGUCAGAGUUAAUAUUAAUCAUAAUUAUUCAGGUUAUAUGAAGCAUAAUUAGAAUAUGAUGUAUAACCAGAUAGAGAGAACUUUGAUAUGGAAUGUCAUAUAUAUCCCCCUUAAACGAGGAAAGUAUUCUUUUCCAUGAAGAUAGUCGACUUUUGAUUUGUUUUCAGACUUGGUAUAACAUUUGUCCAAAGGAAUACAUUUUAAUAUUCUCUACUAAUUAAUGUAGAAGAAAUGUGCCCCCAUACAUUACCUAGUUAUAAUGAUGAUGAUGAGGAGGAUGAUUAUUUUUAAUAUUAUUGUCAUUAUUAUUAUUUAUUAUUAUUAUAAAAAGGAACACCAAGCUGUGAAAUUGAUGAUGUAUUCAUUGAACUAAUUAUUAUUGAUAAACAGUCGUCUCCCAGCAUUUAAGGGUUGUUUAUUAUGAAUUGACUUGGCGAAUUGCACAAAAACUUUGUUUGUGAAUAUUUUUGCAUUUACAAGAAAUGUGUAUCUUUAGUGAUUCUGAAAACGGUACCUCAGUACAUAAAUACAAGAGGUCUUACCAAACUGUGACAAUGUCAAGGUCAUGCCUGGCUGAUUUUUUGCUUGAAUAUCAAAAUAUAUGUAGAUUUUUAAUUUUUUAAUAUAUAUGAUGUGUAACUAUUCAGUUUGAAUAUGAAUAAAUUGAAUACCUAUGAA